CACCCUCCGCUUGGAUUAAGCACACAUUAUUUUGUUAUGAGUCGACUCAUCGGUUCGUAUAUAAAUCAUGUUAUUUACUGUUCUAUUAGUUUGACAUCAUGGCUGGUGUAUAUCAGUGGUCCCCAACCACCGGGGCACGGACUGGUACUGGUCCGUGGUGCAUUUGUGCCGGGCCGCAGAGAAAUAAAUAAUUAAUUAACGACUGCAAUCUGGCCUGUAGUUCUUGACACAUCAAUAUCCCUGUCUACUCUAUACACUAAUCGGGUAAAGAUUUGUACAGGUCGCCAUCUAGUGGUUGGCCGCAAUUACUAGGGUGUUUGCACAGCUAUAGCAGCCCAGCGCCAGUCAAUGUAAACACUAACUUUAGCUGCUGUUGGUUGUGUGCUGUGGGCGUCGAAUCUUUGGACAGCUUUUUUACAGGGAAAGGCCACCUGCUGAGCCAGAAGAGGAGCCCACAACCAAGUGCAUUUUGCAUAAUAUGUGGCUAAAAGCUAGCAAACGAGGCAACAAAAGCGAAUGAACUGAGAGCAUCAUAUCUCGUGGAGAACUGUAUUGCUAAAGACUAGAAACCUUUCACGACUGGAGAAGAAUUCAUUAUGCCUGCAACCAAGGAUAUUUGAAGUUUUAGGAGAGGCCACAGUUGAAAAAGACUAAUUCAGUGAAUGGAAGUUCGGUGUCAGAACUCCGGGAAACAUAAACAGUGAGGCAUUUCGACACAGAAAGGAGAAUGUACAGCUCGACGGAACCCCAUUGAGUUUCUUCCGGAUCCCUACAUGGAGAAAAGGCAAGGGAAAGGUCAUCUCUGAACUUACCAAACGUUGAAGAAUGGCAUGGGAACAUUGAGCAAGGCACCACGGGGUCUCGGAGGGCUUCUUUAUAUUUUUCGUGAGACAAACUUGGACUUGAACACUAAAGGGGAGUUUCCGGCUGCUUUUGGAGUGUGUUGAUGCUGCAGGCGGCGAGGAGGAGGAGGAGGAAGCGGUGAGGGACGUGGUGUGCGGUGAAUUGGCCAGCGCACACGGCGCGAGAGGACGUGUCGAGCCGGCUGCCGCUUUGCCGAGCCGCUGCCGUCUUUUUCCGGGGACGCCAGACGGGCGGCCGUCGCUCUGAUCCGCAAACUUUUGGGGAACGCUCGGCUUGUAUGAGUGGAGCGGGACGAAGAGGGAAUGGACAAGCACAAAGUGCUGGAGCAGCUCCUCAUGGAGCUCCACCACUUCCUGCUCAUCCUGGACAAAGAGACCUUGAGCGGCAACGCCACCGUCCACAAGGGAUUGCUAGCCGACCUGCUCCAGUCCUACGGCACAUCCAACGGUGCGGACGAGGAGUACAUCUACAUGAAUAAAGUGGUCGUCGGUAGCAAAGAAAAACAAGAAAAAGAUGAGACCGCAGAUGUCCCAGUCAAUGGAAAAGCGUCCAAACAUUCACCCGUCCCGCAGAAGAGCCUUCCCGAUCUGCCACCUCCCAGAACAGACUCCGUGACUCGGGAACCCUUCCCGCUGCCCGCCGUUAAGGCGCCGAGCUGCUCGGAAGCGUCGGAGAGUUACUACGAGGAGGCUCAGCCCUAUGAGGAAACGGUUAAUGACGACGGCGAAGCGGUCAGCAGUUCCUACGAGUCCUACGACGAAGAGGAAGCGACCACCGGGGGGAAGUCGCCGUGGGCGCAACACCGCUGGCCGUCCGCCGAGGCGUCCAUCGAGCUGAUGAAGGACGCUCGCAUUUGCGGCUUCUUGUGGAGAAAAAAGUGGCUGGGUCAGUGGGCCAAGCAGCUUUGUGUCAUCCGAGAGCAUCGUCUGCUGUGCUACAAGAGCUCCAAAGAGCAGACCCCCCUGUUGGAUGUAAGCCUGCUGGGGUGCAGCGUCACCUACAAGGAGAAGCAGCCCAAGAGGAAGGAGCACAAGCUGAAGAUCGUCCCCAUGGGAGGCGAGGCCGUCGUGCUGGGGCUUCAGAGCAAGGAGCAGACGGAACAGUGGCUUAAGGUGAUUCAGGAGAUCAGUCCCAAGCCUGGCGAGAAUGGCGACUCGCAGCACUCCGUCUCCGACUCCCCCAGGCUAAUUUGCACGAAGGGGGAGGUCGGCGAGCGGCAUUCGGCGGCGUCAGAAAGCGGAAGCAGCACCGACAGUCACGCUGACGCUCCCGAGAAAGAUGUGAAGAAAAAAUAUAGCGGGGGUUUGAAGCUCAGCAACCUGAUGAACAUCGGGAAGAAAAAAGCCACGUCGUUGGAAAGCGCGGAGAAAUGCGUCGAGACUUCGGGCUACCUCAACGUGCUGGUGAAUAGCCAGUGGCGAACGUGCUGGUGUCUCAUCAAGAACGGUCACUUGUGCUUUUACCAAGACAAGAACAAAAGCAAAGUCAGCCAACCCGCCGUCAAGCUGGAGGGCUGCCAGAUUUGGCCUGACCCAAGCCCGGACCACCUCUACUCUUUCCGGAUAGACAUGAGCGGCACGCAGCUAGCCACCCUAGAGGCCAAGACGUCAGCAGUCAUGGGUCAUUGGUUGGGCCUCUUGCUGUCCCAGACGGGAAGCAAGACGGACCCAGAGGAGCUAACCUAUGACUACGUCAAUGCGGAGAGGAUAGCCAGCAUUGUCAAUGCUGCAAAGACGUCCUUAUACUUGAUGCAGAGGCGCUACUCUGAGCCGAAUACCUACAUCGACGCCCUGCCUUCCAGCCCUCACAACCCGGACGAGCUCUACGACGACGUCGCGUCUAUCACUGAUCCAGAGGAUAUUGUCUCUGGAAGUCUUCCACAGAGUGAAGAAAAUGACCUCGAAACACAAAAUGAAACGUCUGCUGAUGACCCGAACGACCCGCUGGCAGCAGAUGAAGAAGAGUCUGAAGAAAGAGUAUACCUAGACCUAGUACCGGUGCGGUCUUUUUUGCAUACGGUAAGCGGCGGGAAGGAAACCCCUUUACAAGAAACAUCAGGAAACCCUUCGGAGGAACUGAAAGAGCCUUCGAGCCAAGAUAAAGAGGUCAGCCCAAAUAAGCCGCCGGAACCUGAUCCAGCAACUACUUUAGAUGACUCCAGUUCUGCCAGAGAAGAGCACGCAAACUCCAAGACCCCGCCGCCUAUCCAGGAGCCCCCCAAGAGGACUUCGACUUCCUCUGGGCUCUCCAAAGUCUUGACUCUUCCCACAAACACUGGUUUUCCUGUCAGUCCUCAACCGCUCCGACCCAAAGCCUUUAGCACAGGCUGCCCCGGUGCCGUGGAAGGGAAGCUGGGCAAAAGACGUACAGAGGCCGACUUGUUACGCUACAGCGACGAACGAGAGCGUCUGGAGAGAGAGCGGGAAGAGGUGCGCAGCCGACUGGCUCGCCUGAAAAAGGAACGCAAGGAAACCAAAGAGGAGCUCAACGCCUGUCAAGAUGCUAGGCAGCAGGCCUCCCUUGAAGCCCGUCUGAAGCAAAUGGAGGAUGCCGGUCGAGAAGCUGAGCAGCGACGGGUAGAGGUGGAGUUGCUGCUGGUGGAGGUGAAGGAAAGCCUGAAGAAGGUGGAGGCCGGGCCCUUCACGCUAGGGACCACGGUGGACGGCAGCCACCAAGACACGCCCGCGACAAAAAGCGUCGCCCCGCCCUCUCCCCAAAUAGCGUCGCCACCCCCCUCUGGCCCGGUGUCCGGCGGUCCCGCCGCUGCUGCGAACCCGCCGUCGCCCGUGAAUUCCGCGUCUGCGCUCAAAAACAGACCCGCGUCCAUAAUGGCCACCAAAGGCAAAGUGCUGCAGAAAGCCAAAGAGUGGGAAAGGAAGUCCACCACCUAAACAAGAGUGUCCCAACAAGCAGUACUGUCCAGUUGAAGUCGGUCCUCAUCUCACUUUUCUUCCUGUCGUGAUGUCACACCGACGAUUGUCUGGUCUGAUGCUAAGUGGAUGAAAAGUUUUCAAGAGUGACUAAGUGCCCACAAUCCAAUGAAUCCUCCUCUAAAUCCACUGGAUAUUUUCAAAGACUUAUUGCGCUCCAAACGGGCGAUGGGUGGAGGGAUUGAAAAAGGCCAGUCGACUAAUAAUUGCUCCGGAACACUGAAAAGCGUCUCAAGUUUGUCUUUGAAUUGGCGUCCUGGAGAAUGGCUCGACAUUUAUGCUGGCAGAAGACAUGUAAAUAGAUACGCACGCUAUCUGUAAUGCUAGCUAAAAAAAAUGCACUUUUUAUUCAAAUAAAUAGGUACU